CAAAAAUCAGAUACCUUUCUCUCUCGGGCUCCCUUCAACCCGGCCCCCCACACUCCCCUUUCUUUCUUUCUUUCGUUCACUCUGCACCGCAAUCUCCCCUUUAAGACUUGACCAAUUUGCAAACUUCACCAUCACUUUUUCCUUCCAUAAAUUACAUAUAAAUAACUUCUCUCACUCCCCAAAAAUACCCACAUUUCCCACUUCUUUUCCAACUCCUUUUUCUCUUUCUCUUCUAUUCAUGGUAGUUUAUCUUAAAAUCACAGCUAUUAUUUAACAUAUACCCACCUCAUAAAUGUCAAUUCAUUAAAAAACCCAUCAUUUUUUUCUGGGUUUAUAUUAUCAAAAUCAUGCGGGUCAAUAUGCAUCCUUUAUGUUGCAUUUCAUUAGAACGCAAUGGUGAUGAUCAGGGCCCAUGUAUCAGGUCACCUGAGAUCGUUCUUUCACGGGCGAGUAGUUUGAAACAGUGUCAGACCAUACCCGGAUCCAAUACAAUCAAUGUAUGUAGUUUCCGGCGAUCCGAUGUAAGCAUCGCAGGAGCUUUAUAUAAAUGGACUAACUAUGGUAAAGGAUGGAGAUCUCGGUGGUUUUUGUUACGAGGAGAUGGGUUACUUUCUUAUUGUAAGAUUCUUUCUACUAAUAAUCUUAAUUCUCUCUCAUCUUCUUUGGGGGAUGACGUCACUGUUAUCGGAAAUAUGACGUCACCUCGGCUUAUUCGGUUGGAUAGUUGUUCCAGGAAAAAGGAUUCUAAAAGAAACUCCGCCGUCGUUCAUCUCAAGGUAUCAUCUUUUCGAGAGAGCCGGUCUGACGUUAGGAGGUUUUACGUAUUUACAGCUACAAAGACCCUUCAUUUGAGGACUAACUCGAAACAUGAUAAGGAAUUGUGGUUAGAAGCGUUGGCAUCAACAAGAUGUUUCUUCUCCUGGAGAUCAUUGAAUGAUAAUCUACCUAUUUCUCCUGAUAGCAUUUCCAUUUCAACCGAAAAGUUAAAGAGGCGAUUGGUUGAAGAUGGAGUCAAUGAAUCAUUAGUAAAGGAAUGUGAGCAGAUUAUGCUUUCAGAAUUCUCAGAAAUACAAGGAAAAUUGAAAGCUCUUUGUGAGGAAAGAUCCAAUUUGUUGGGCACUUUAAGGCAGUUGGAGGCAGCAAAUUUUGAGGCUGAAGCCCUGGGCAUAAGUGAUAGUGGAUAUCAACUUUCGAAGAGCGAAUACUCCAGUCUAGAGGGUGCUAAAUAUUGUGAAUGUAGUACCACCGAGUCAUCUAAUGGCACUGAGAAACCAGACGUGGGCGAAGCCUCAGACGAAGAGGAACCCUGCUAUUAUGAUUCAAAGGACUACUUUACUGAAUCUCCAUCUCAUCUUAUUGGCAGUGGUAUGGACACCAAAGGUCAACAUGGUUAUGUGAAAGAUGUUUCAUCUAUGGAAGCCUCAAGUGAAGCUCCGUGUUCUCAUAUUGAAAGGCGUAAAAAGCUUCCUGAUCCAGUUGAAAAGGAAAAACAUGUCAGUCUCUGGUCUAUGAUCAAAGGCAAUGUCGGAAAAGAUCUCACAAGAGUUUGUCUCCCUGUAUACUUCAAUGAACCUAUAUCUUCCCUUCAGAAGUGCUGUGAAGACUUGGAGUAUUCUUAUCUUUUGGACCGAGCAUACGAAUAUGGAAAAAUGGGGAACGAUCUUAUGAGAAUCGUCUAUGUUGCAGCUUUUGCUGCUUCGGGUUAUGCAUCGACUGAGGGCCGACACUGCAAACCAUUUAAUCCUUUGCUUGGGGAAACUUAUGAGGCUGACUUUCCAGAAAAAGGAUUUCGGUUUUUCUCUGAGAAGGUAAGCCACCACCCUACACUCAUAGCUUGCCAUUGUGAAGGUAGAGGAUGGAAGUUCUGGGCAGAUAGUAACUUGAAGACCAGAUUUUGGGGUCAAACAAUUCAACUUGAUCCUCUUGGAAUACUGACUCUGGAGUUUGAAGAUGGAGAGAGAUUCCAGUGGAGCAAGGUUACAACUAGCAUUCAUAACCUAAUCAUUGGUAAAAUUUAUUGCGAUCAUCAUGGGACGAUGAACAUAGGUGGUAAUCAUCAGUACUCCUGCAAACUUAAGUUCAAAGGACAGACUUUUCUUGACAGGAAUCCCCGUCAGCAGGUUUAUGGUGUUGUUGAAGAUGCAACAGGGAACAAUGUUGCAACAAUUUUUGGGAGGUGGGAUGAUAGUAUUUAUUAUAUCGAAGGAGAUGCAAAGAGCAAGUUGAAAGAUUUGAAUUUAUCAAAUGAUGCUACUUUGGUUUGGAGGAGGACGAAGCCUGCCCCUGAUCUUACUCGAUACAAUUUGACUCAUUUUGCGAUUACUCUGAAUGAGUUGACACCAGGACUUAAGGAAAAGCUUCCUCCAACUGAUUCAAGACUUAGACCUGACCAGAGACAUCUAGAGAAUGGAGAGUAUGAAAGGGCAUAUUCUGAGAAGCUUCGCCUAGAGACGAGACAGCGAAUGUCGACCAAAUUACAAGAAGACGGAUGGAGACCUAGAUGGUUUGCAAGAGACGGUGAAGAUGGGACAUACCAUUAUACAGGAGGAUAUUGGGAGGCCAGAGAGCAGGGGAAUUGGGAUGGUUGUCCAGACAUAUUCGGAGAAAUUAUAGACGAGGCUGACAACCUCAGUCAACACUGAACAUAGUUAACGAAGGUGAAAAACCAUUUUUCUUACAUAAUUUUCUGCUUUGUGUACAACACAGCAUGAUCAGAUCAGAUUAGCUGGAAAUUUCUCCAAAAUCAUCUAAAAGCCAACCCUUUCUGCUCUAAUAUCGCUUGAUCCGAUUCAAUAUCUAAUAUUUUUGUUAUAAAACUUGCUGUAUGGUCGAAUUCAUUGUUGGGUUCAUUUGCGAUCCACACCAGAAGUUGUCAAAACAUGGUGGCAUUGCCCAUUGAGCGGCGCAUCAUUAUCCUUUUGAAGUGCUCCAUGCUAGUUAACCCCAAACUCUUCAUUUGUGAUGCGUCGAGAUUCGAUGAUCUAAUACAAAGUAUAAUGAUGACAGUAAUGUAGUCAAAAAUUUUCUUACAGAAAGAUGAAAAUUUGUAGUUCUUCCUGUUGUAGUUAGGUGAUUUAUUUGUAAUACUAAGAGAAAUAACUGUGGAGGGAUUUUUCUUAGUAGGGCCAAUAAUUAUAGAAAUGUAUUUUAGGUUAUUAUGGUAAAUAUAUGUAGCUCAUGAUCUUCAUUAAAGUGUCAAUUAAGCUUUCUAGUGCCCUGUUAUAUUACCCUUCUCUUUUUUUUUUCUUUACUCAUCUCCUAGAAAAUUUGUACAUUUCAUAUUUGUAAUCAAAACAUAGGUUGCAUAAUAGCAUAUAUUAUUUAUUUGUAUAAAUCUAUAAUACUCGAAUUUAAUGAGUAAUGUUUGUAAAUACUACACUAUAUAUUAUGCUGAUGUGUUUAUAAAAACCAUGUACGAUAUAGAAUGCAACUUGCAUAUGUGGAUAUAAAUUUGAAUGCACUCUCAUCCUUUGUCCGUCACAACUAUGCUCCCAUUAUGUCCACCUCAACUAAAUCAUAUAUAUCCCAUAAUCGCGUUACAUGUACCACAUACCAUAGCUAUUCCUUAUAAAUUAGUAUUUUUAUUUUUAUAUUGACCAUAAAAUAUUAAUAAAAUAAAAUUAAAAUUCUGAAAUCAAAUAAUUCAACAUGUUAUUUAUGACAUUUACAAUACAAAAUUUAAAAUCAUAAAUUUCUGUGAGAGACGGUCUU